GUUACUUGUUAGGAUUAGCGCAGUCUGCGCGGCAAUUGAAAGAAAUCUUUACAGUCCACUCCGCUUACUUUGAAUUAUAGCGAUUUUUGUUCUGUGUUUCUCUACAAAUAAUCAUGUUUAACAGUCGAACAUAUUGAUAAUUUUAUCAGUAAGAUUUAUUUUAUUAAAAAAUUACAAUUCAUUGUUUAAAGUUGGCUUUAAAAAUAUAGUACUUAGUAUAUAUUAUAUAUAGAAGCAGAACUUAACAAAAUGUUUUCUCGUCUCUGCACAAUUCAGGGGACAAUAACUAAGUCUUCCAAACUUUUGAAUCAAUCCAUGAGUACUAAUAAAAACUUGGCAUACGUCAAUGGAAAAUGGGUGGGUGCCACCAGUGGCAAAACAUUCCCAGUCAUGAACCCAGCGGAUUGUUCAACAAUUGAUUGUGUCCCAGACAUGAAUGUAACAGAUACUCGACUAGCCAUUGAUGCAGCUGCCAAAUCAUUUGAAACCUUUCAAAAAACUCUAGCUAAAGAACGCAGUGAAAUGUUAAGAGCUUGGUAUAAUUUAUUGGUAAAACACUCAGAAGAAUUGGCAGAAAUCAUGACCAAAGAGAAUGGAAAAUCAUUGGAGGAAUCUAGAGCAGAAGUUAGAUAUGGCAAUUCUUUUGUCGAGUGGUUUUCUGAAGAAGCUAGACGGAUAAAUGGUGAGGUCUUACAAUCACCAUUCAAAAAUAGAGAAUUGUUUUUAAUUAAGCGACCUGUUGGAGUUGCUGCUUUUAUAACUCCAUGGAAUUUUCCACAUGCCAUGAUUACAAGAAAGGCUGGAGCAGCUAUAGCAGCUGGUUGUACAUGUGUGAUCAAGCCUUCAGAAGACACUCCACUUACUGCUUUAGCCCUUGCACAUUUGGCUGAAGAAGCUGGAUUUCCUGCUGGCGUAAUGAAUAUCCUAACAACGAGUCUAGAAAAUUCAGUGGCUGUUGGUCAGGAACUUUGUCAUAAUCCAAAAGUUCGAGCAUUGUCCUUCACAGGUUCUACAGCUGUAGGAAAAAUCUUAUACCAACAGUGUGCUUCCACAAUGAAACGCUUGAGUCUAGAAUUAGGUGGCAAUGCUCCAUACAUUGUAUUCGAUACAGCUGAUGUUAACUUAGCGGUCACCGGAGCAAUGGCAAGUAAAUUUAGAAAUUCAGGGCAGACAUGCAUUUCAGCAAACAGAUUCUUUAUACACUCUAAAGUGUAUGACGAAUUUGUUUGUAAAUUUUUGACUAGAAUAGAAAGUGAAAUAAAAAUGGGUGACGGAAGUAAAAAAGGAAAUACUCAUGGACCUUUGAUUAAAGAGAGUCAGUUAAAAAUAGUUAGCAAUCUUGUGAACGAUGCUAAGACAAAAGGAGCCACUAUUCAUUGUGGAGGCAAACCUUUGCCAGAUAUUGGUUCUCUCUUUUAUGCUCCAACAGUAAUAACUGAUGUCACAAGAGAUAUGGAAAUAUAUGGUAAAGAAAUAUUUGGGCCUGUUGCUGUAAUACAUAAAUUUGAUGAUGAGGAAGAAGUAUUACAAAGGGCGAAUGAAACUCCAGUAGGUUUAGCUGGAUAUUUUUACUCUGGAGAUAUCUCACAAAUCUACAGGGUAGCAAGAAAUUUACAGGUAGGAAUGAUUGGCGUAAAUGAGGGAUUAAUUUCAUGCACAGAAGCAGCUUUUGGAGGCAUUAAAGAGUCUGGAAUUGGAAGGGAAGGUUCUAGCCAUGGCAUUGAUGAGUAUGUUGAUAUUAAGUAUGUUUGCAUUGGAAAUGUUCAACAUUGAUGAAUGAAAUACUAAAUUUGUGAGCAACAUAUGCAUGCAUUUUGUAAAAUACACUAUUGUGAUUAUCCCAUGAUUGAAAUGUUUGGGAUGUGUUAGUAGGUAAUCAAAAUAUAAAUGUCAAUAUUUUCUAAAAGUAUUCUAUAUUAUUUGCAUAUAUAGUAUGUAAAUGGGUGUUAUUUAUAUUUUAACAUAGGAUAAACAUAAAAAUAAUUGGAUAACUUUUUAUUUUCUCAAAAUCUUUCUAUUCUUAAGUUAUUAAAUUUACACAUAGAACGUUUAUAUAUAAAAAAAUGAAGGUUGAAUAUUAAUACAUUUUUCUUUGUACAAGGAUUAACAACAUACCUCAGAUUUUAUCUUAAAUUAGCUCAAAAGCUGCAAGUAAAAAACGUGAAGUUUAAAAUAAGCGAUAUGUAAUAUGCAGGUUAGUCUUGAACACAUAUCUUAAAAAAUAUAGAAAUAUAGAAAUGAUUGAUAAUUUUUAAAUAACCUUACAUGUGAAGUUACUCAAAAAUUAUGAAUCAAUUUAUGUUCCAUUUUGUUGUACAAUAUAAUGUAAUGAUUGUCGUCUGUGUUAAAACUAUGUCAUAUUUUGCAAGGCAAUGAUCAUACAAUAAAAUUUACUAUAUAUUAAGCUUAUGAAAUUUUGAAAUCAUUACAAUUGGUUAAAAUAAUUGUAUUAUUAAUACACUAUCUGUGCAACUGUUGUGCUUUAAAAAGUUGUUUUUAGUAAGUAUUAUUACACUUAAUAGUAACAGUGCCAUUUUAAUUAUAUUUUGCUAAUGAUACAAAUAUUUUCUUUUAUAUAAAGGAAUGUGGAAUCUGUAAAAAUCUAUUUUUUUUUAUAAGAAUAAUUUAAUAACUUGAUUUAGAAAUUUCACCUUAAACUGCUUUAUUUUGCAUGGAUUUAUGCAGAAUGGAAGGAUUUAUGCAUUUCUAUAGAUUUCUUCAAUUGAUGGUUUACAAUAAACAUGCUCAUCAUAAAAAGAUUAAUUUCAGAAAUUAAUAUUUAUUCCAAAUUAUGUACCAGUCAAUUAAGGGAUAUUCUAUGAGUAAAAUAUGUUUCGCAUUCCCUUUCUUUUAUUAAAAAUGUAAGUUUAUUGAUUAGUUUUGAAAGAUAAUUCAUACUGAAGUAAUAUUAAAAUACCGUAAUGUUCGAUCAGAAUAGUCUUCCAUGUACAGUCUUCCAUAGACUAAUAGGGCAAAAAAUACAAGUAAAAAGUUCUUGUGCAAUUCAAGAAAUGUUUGGAUUACAAAUAAGAAUAUUGUAUUCGUGAGAUGUAAUAGUAAAUACAUUACAGCAAAAAACUCUUA